AUGUGUGCCAACUGUUGUCGUCCGCAUCCGCUGUGGUUGGCGGUGUUCUUGUGGCAUGGCACUGGUUCGCCGCUCACGCGAACUGAGUUGCUUGAUUGCCACUUUGACACUGGCCACAGAACAUCCAACUACAGCGAGGAGGAAGCUCUGAAGGCGUUCCAGCGUUAUGCAGGUGACGAGGACAAGUUUGGUGUGGAUGGCGUGCUCAAGUUCUGCGAAGACCUCAACGUUACCCCAGAAGACGUGGCUGUGCUUGUGCUGGCAUACAAGGCUGAGUGCCAGCAGAUGGGCUGCUUCACCAAAGAGGAGUUCCUGCGCUGUUUCCGCGUCAUGGAUGUCGCCACCCCGGAGCAGCUUGCGUCGAAGAUCGCCGACGUGCGCGACGAGCUGGACGACCCGGCUGUGUUUCGCGCCGUGUACCGCUUUGCAUUCAAGUACGCGCUCUCCACCAUCCACCCGCCGGCCCGCAACUUGGACCUGUCGACGGCAAAGGAGAUGUGGCACGUGCUGCUCGCCCGCCGCUGGCCGCUCACCCACGACUUCUUCGCUUUUCUCGACCAUAAGGCUGCAGCGAGCAAACGCCCCGUGGUGAUUACGCGCGACCAGUGGUUUGGUGUGCACGACUUUGCUGUCCACGUCGCCCCGGACCUUUCGUCCGGAUACAGCGAGGACGAUGCAUGGCCUGUGCUGCUGGACGAAUUUGUAGCGUGGAAGCGAGAGCGCGACGCUCAGCAACAACAGCAACCACAACAACAGCAAAGCGAAGAGCAAAGAAUAGGGCAGGGGAAGCAUCACUACUACCAGCACCGUCAGGUUGGCAAUGGUGGUGGUCAUCACCAAUAG